AGCGGUGGCCCUGGCGAUGGCGCCGGAGUGAAGUAGGUUGAGGGCGAGGGCUGCCGGGAAGGGGGGUCGUUGCCCCGCUCAGGGUCCUGUCAUGCCCGGGGUGAGCGGUAACGGGUGUCCUUGCCCGGCCCCGCCCCCAUAGGCCCUGCGACUCACCGUUCCUAGGGGGACCCCAGACCCGGCCGGCCUGGGCAGGGCCGUCCCGUCCCUCCUCCCCCACAGCACCCUCGGGCCCGGGCCCCCCGGGCGAGCCCCUGGCGCUUCCCUGCCGGCCUCGCGUUGCUGGGCGGGAGGCGCCGCCGCACGCUGCAUUUGUCCGCCCCCGCCGGCGUCUUUGUCGAGUUUUACAAACCCCCCCAGCGCUUGGGGCCUGGCCCCCCGACCCUUCCCCUUUGACCGCCCUGGAGACAGAGCCUGGCUUUCACCGGGGAUGAGCCCCCCCCCCCCUCCGGUUUCUGUGUUCAGCCCCUCUGUGCAGGCGUCUCAGCAAGCUCCCCCCGCCCCCCAAUUGGGCCGGGGAGAGCGGCCCCCCGAGUUUCACACAGGAGGUGUGCAAGCUCCCAGGUGGAGCUCUUCACCACAGCACAGGGUUCGUGUGAGGCUGUGCAAAGGAGAGCCAGGCAGGGCAGGGAGUCAGGAUUUUGUUUACAAACAGAGGCCGGUUUCAGAGUAGCAGCCCUGUUAGUCUGUAUCCGAAAAAGAACAGGAGGAUUUAUGGCACCUUAGAGAUUAACCAAUGUAUUAGAGCAUAAGCUUCCAUGGGCUACAGCCCACUUCAUCGAAUGCAUAGAAUGGAACAUAUAGUAAGAAGAUAUGUAUACAUACAGAGGACAUGAAACAAGGGGUGUUACCAUACACACUAUAAGGAGAGUGAUCAGCUCAACUGUGCAGAAUGCCACACAAAAUUGGAUUUGUAGUUAUCAGUUCAUCAGGACAUGAAGAUGGCUUCAGUGCAAAAGAACUGAUGGUUCAUGCACCAACAGUCAAUGGAUGGAGAUCACCAAGACUCUGCCAGUAUCCGCAAGAAAUCGUCCUUCAGAUGGUGGAGAGAUGUCGAGUUCGAAAGCUGCAAUUACUCGCUCACCAGUAUAUGAUUUCAAGCAAAAUUGAGUUCUACAUUAGUGAAAAUCUGCCUGAGUACUUUGCACCAUAUCAGUCAGAGAGGUUUCGCAGACUGGGUUAUGUCUCUCUCUCAGACAAUGAGAAGACUGGGUACAAAGCACGGGAGCUGAAGUCAGUCUACGUGGAUGCAGUAGGACAGUAUCUAAAACUCACUUUCCAUAAAAAUUACAUCAAUAGAUACAACUUAUACAGUCAGGUUGCUCUGGUAGCAAUAAAUAUAAUUGGGGAACCUGCAGACUACAGCAAUGACAGCAAUAACCCUUCAAGAGAGAAGCUGAUUGACCAUUACCUUGGGAACAAUCUAGAUGACCUAACCUUAGAUGGAACAUACCUUCGAAAACCUGACUCUAUUUCACCACUGGAUGAUUUGGCUUUUGAUAUGUACCAGGAUCCGGAAGUUGCUCAGAUAAUUCGUAAACUGGAUGAGAAAAAGCAUGAAGCUGUCCGUCAUGAACGUUAUGACUAUGCCAAGAAACUCAAACAAGCUAUUGCUGAUUUGCAAAAGGUUGGGGAACGACUCGGGCGGUAUGAGGUAGAAAAGCGCUGUGCUGUAGAGAAGGAAGAUUAUGAUCUUGCUAAACAGAAGAAACAGCAGAUGGAAGAGUACCGCCUGAAGGUGUAUCAGCAACUGGAGCUGCACAACCUUCUGGAUCCAGAGCUGAUGAUCCGAAGACCUCCUGAAUUUCCCCUUGAGCCUAUGGUUUAUUCAGUUAGCCCUCGGCAAAAGAAACCCAUGCAGUCACCCCAGCAUGAAAAAACAGAAGCACAGAAGACUGAGCCUUUGCCACAAGAAAAGCCACCCGAGACAACUUCUCCUGAGCCCAUUGUCCCUGACCACUCCACUUCUCCUGUAGCCCAGCCACCAGCCUCUGUAGAGAGUUUUCCAAAGAUAAAUGUUGAAUUUUUGCCUUACGAUGAGAGACCUCUUCCAGCUAUUCGUAAGCAGCAUGAGGAUGGAUUUGCCUACCUUGAGCCAGAGAUGAAUGAAGAAGAUAUCAGUGAUACUCCAAGAAGUGGCAUCACUGGGGAACCAGAACCAUUAACUGAGAAAGCGCUGAGGGAGGCCAGCCCUGCCACUGAAGUUUUCGGAGAGGCCUUGGUUGCAGGAGCAUAUUCCAAGACUUGGUCAUAUCGAGAAGAUGCAUUGCUUGCUAUAUAUAAAAAGCUGAUGGAAAUCUCUGCCAGCACAUCUAAGGAUGAUUUAAAGAAUAUGCUUAGAGCUGCUGUCUUUCUUAUAAGAAGAGCCAUAAAAGACAUAGUGUCUUCGGUUUUCCAAGCUUCCCUGAAACUUUUGAAAAUGAUCAUCACUCAGUAUAUACCAAAGCAUAAACUAGGUAAACUGGAAACAGCUCAUUGUGUGGAAAGAACGCUUCCAAAUCUGCUUUCUAGAACAGGAGACUCCUCAACCCGUCUUCGUAUUGUGGCUGCCAACUUUAUUCAGGAAAUGGCACUAUGUAAUGAAGUUAAACCUCUUCAAAUCAUUCCGGUUCAUCUGGUCCAGCCAUUGAAACCGAAUUCCCCUACUCAUCUGGCAAUGAGUCAGGUGGACUUGGUGGAACGCCUGUUGAAAGACCUGGGAACAGAAAACUCUGGGUUUACCAUUGACAACGUCAUGAGGUUUGCGACAGGGGCGUUGGAGCACAGAGUAUAUGAGGUACGCGAUACAGCAUUACGGAUUAUCUUCGACAUGUACAGGCAGCACCAGGCCAUUAUACUGGAUUAUCUUCCUCCAGAUGAUGCCAACACACGCAAGAAUGUUCUCUAUAAAACACUCUUUGAUGGAUUUACUAAAAUAGAUGGUAGACUUACUGAGGCUGAGCUUAGGGCACAGAAAAAAGCAGCCACAGAAGAAGCAGAAAAACAGAAGAAAGAGGAGAUUAAGGUCCUGCAAGGGCAGCUAGCAGCACUGAAGGAGAUCCAGGCAGAAGUUCAGGCUGGAAAGGAGAAAGAAAAUGAUUAUCAAAAGCUAAAGACUCAAGAUGAGCAGGGAAAGAAAGUCACCCUACCUGCGGCAACAGAGAUUCCAGAUGAUCAUUCCUCGGUUGCAAAUUAUUUAGAUAAUUAUAGCUACACUACAACUUUACAGAAGUCUCUGCCUGAGCCCAAUCAGAGCCUAUGCAUUUUUUGUGGUGAAAGGGAUGAAUCCUUCACAGAGGAAGGUUUGGAUCUCCAUUACUGGAAACAUUGCCCUAUGUUGACAAGAUGUGAGCACUGCAAACAGGUGGUGGAGAUAGCAAGCCUGACAGAGCACUUGCUGACUGAGUGUGAUAAAAAAGAUGGCUUUGGGAAAUGUCAGCGCUGUAGUGAGGCCAUUCCAAAAGAGGAACUGCCCAGACAUGUGAAGGGCAAGACUUGCAAUCCUGCAAAACCAGAAAAGGUGGCAAACCGCUGUCCAUUGUGCCACGAAAACUUCGCCCCAGGAGAGGAGGCCUGGAAAUCUCACCUAAUGGGCAAAGAUGGCUGUAAAAUGAAUCUGCGGACGGUGCCUACGCUAAAUAAAACUCUGCUGAUGCAGCCUGGAAAAGCAGCAGGAUUAACCAUAACCAAAUCAGGUCCUACAGCACCAAAGUUUCGAUCCCCCUCUGUAGGAAGCAAGAUCCCUGCCCCAAAAGGGGGCCUGAAUAAAAGCACUGGCAGAACAUAUGCAAAGCGAUGACAUGAGAAGUACUUGUUUCCUUUGUCUCCAUAACUGAGCAAGUUUUAUGUAAUGCACAACACUUCCAAGAUUUGUUUGCAAGUGAUAGGAGCCCCACGUCAUCUAUUUCACCUGAACUACACGCUGCUGUUUAUCAACCACAAAUAGUGUUUGACUGCUUCAUUUACCCAAUAGUUAAAGCUUAUGUAUUGGUUCUCUCUGUGUAGUGUUGUGUAUAAUUAUCCCAAGAAUCUGCAUCUCACUGUUAGUGAUCUGCAGUCUUUUAGGGACAAAGCCUCUGGCCUGCUGCACUCCUUUUGCACUUCCCCAGUAGCACGGAGGGAGCAGAAAGCAGCUGAACCUUCCCUGGUGAGGAUUCUCUCAACAUGGGGGAGUAUAGAUCCAGCAUAGCCAGAUCCUGAGCUACCCACUGCAGCAGCAACCAAUGUAGAGAUCCUGGCCAAAAUAUAGCAUGCUUCAGCUGUCCCUGGUCAGUGUAUGAUCCCAUGGGACGAGGGUGGUAGCCAGUGUAAACAAGAGCAUCCUUGAUGCUAGGACAAGUAAGGAACUGGCCCCAGGGUCAGGAAGCCACAACUCUCUCUCUUUUGGCCCUUCCUCGGGGCAUAGCUGAGACUCUGAGUCCAACUAAAUCAGGUUUUCAGAACAAAGCUUUGAGGUAUCUGUUCCUUUGAACCAAAGCUAAUGUUCACUGACAAAUAUUCCCAAAAUGUUUAGAGAAUGCAAUCAUUGUAUGAUGUGACUUUAUCACUUUAAUGAAGUCACUAUAAAAUUUGUUGGUAAUUGUUCUCUGUCAAAACUUGCUUGGGUGUGUGACACAGUAAAAUGAAUAGUGUCACUACAUACCUGAUUGAGGGGGGGAAGUGCUAGUUGUACAGAAAUAGAACUACAAUAAGACUAUAGUAUCAUUUACCUACAGUAUGGGUCGACUAGGUGUAUUUCUGCACCAGUCCAGCAAAUCAAAACCAAUCUACAGAGAAAUUAUCAUAUUUAGGCUUUGAAACACAUCACUGAAUAUUAGAAACACAAUAGCUGUAUUGCGAUCACAGUAGCUUUGCUGUCAUUAAGUUUGUGUCAUAGGAGUCCCACAACCCAACUGUUCUAACAUACAGCUAACAAAAAUUAAAGUAGAAAGUAAGUCUUGAGCAGCUAAAAAUAUUCCUUUAUGAGACACUUUGAAAUUCUCUAGCUGGCCAAUGUUCCGUAGUCACAGAAUGAUGUGGGUAAACAGUAUGCUCUUUCUAGAAAAACUUUAACUGUUCUUACAUUCCUUUGGGUUGGCUGUCUUACCUCCAGAUCCAAGUUUGAUAUGAUCAGUAUAAUGAAUAUUUCAGGUAGCAGCUUGUAUAUUAUAACUAUGUAUACUUAGAAAAAUAUGCCUGUCUAUACAGAGUACCUGUUAGACAUUUAUAGCAAGGGCUUAAGCAUAAAUUAUUCUGUCAGUUAAAGUCACAUUUAAAAAAGCAGAUUGUACUUCCAAAACAAUUAUUUCAUAAAUAUGAUUAGAUGGACUCUUGUGAACAGAUACACACCUGGAGCAGUGAACUUGUGAAAUAUCAGUUUCCCUAAAAUAAAACUCUACCAGAGCUGUUUAAUUCAGAAAUAACAUUGGAGAGUCACCAGCGCAGGCCAGGAACAUAUUUUGAAUCCUGCAAGACCCAACCUGUAGUUUCUCUCUACCCAUAAGGUGCCCAGUUUAUAAGCAGGACAAGAAACUGAAAAGUUUUUGUCAACUGCCUUGUUCUCUAUUAUCCACCCUAACAUCUUGUAAAGCAAAAUAUCAUCCCAUUCUCUGGAGACUGUAAUUCUCCAUUAUGCCACAUACUAACAUGAUUUGAUAGUAAUUCAGCAACAACCCUUGACUGUGGGUACCAUCUAUAUGUCUACAGCAAUCCCAUCUGUUCAGGGGUUUCUAAUCAUUCUGGGAGGCAGGUUGUUGGCUGAGGGGAAAAUUUUUGUUUUAGCAAAAGUGGAUGAAAUAAUUUUGGUCAUUUAACUUACAGAACUGUAAAAAGCUAGUCAUUUCUUCUGUACGCUUAAGCUCAAAACUGCCAUGUUUCUAAACUGAGAUUGUAUAUAGUAUUUUUCUAUAACAAUGAUUUAUUCUUCAUUUAGGACCAAAUUCAACUCCCAGUGAAGUUUAGUGGAAAGAUUCUGAUUGACUUCAGUGAGUUUUGGAUCAGCCCUUAUAACAAUACAUGUCUGUGAGUAAAAGCUACCAGGAAGUGUAGCUUUGAAAAAUGGUUUCUCUCGAAGGAGAGAAGUUACUGUUCAAAGGCUUUUACUACACUUUUCAGUGGGUUUUACGACAUGCAUUUGCUGUGCACAGUUAGUGCAGUACAUAUUCCAAAAUGUGUUUCUCCAAUAGACAAUAAAAGUUCCCAAUAAAUUUUAAUUUUUUUUUUACAGUCACCAAAGUGCUAGAAAAGUUGCUGUUUAAAUGGCCUCUUUGACAACCACAUAGUCUCCAUCGAUGAUUUCCCCACCCUAUUUGCUCAGACACCGUAAUGCUUUCUGAACUGCAAACAAGAGACUAGCCUAUUCAUCAAAAUGCAUGGUGAAAUCCUGGCCCUGUUGAAUUCGAUAGAAGUCUUGCUAUUGACUUCAGUGGGGCUGGAAUUUCACCUGCAGUCUAACUUACUCUACAGCUAUGUGUUUGUGAGCAGCUGUUUGAAGUGUUACCCCAGUCUAUCUAUUAUUUAACUUUUUAAUAUAACAUGCUGCACUUCUACAUCACUUUCCACCCCCAGAGCUGAAUAAGAUUGUUGCUCCAUUGCCUAGUAGUCUGUGGGGAUGGCAAAAGUUUCCUUUAGAUAGAAUUGUUUGAUUUCAUAAGAGUGGGCUAAUAGAAACCUGCUACCAAUAAAGGCUAUAGAGUGGGAGGGGGAAAUGUCUGUUGCAGGAGAAAAUACUUCUUGAUUAGAAGGGAACAGUUUGCAUAACCACAGGAAUUUGCAGCUCAUUAAAUUGUUAAUAACAACACUAGUGUAAAUGCAUAGUAAAAUGUUUAACUGUAUGCCCUCCCUUAUGUGUGUGGACAAGCACCUUCCUUAGGUGUUAGCAGGAGCACUGACCGUAUGAGAAGGAAAAUGUGGUAUACCUCGUAGGUUCUGUCUCUCUCUCUAGGAAAUUUGUGAUCAUAAUUUGCCACCCGUGUAGCUCCACUGCUGGGAGCAAUAGGGGAGGGGUAUAGUCUUGAUUUCCCCUCUGCAGCUCAGCCCCCCAAAAUGAUCCUUGGAGACGCGAACAAAAGCCAUGUAUGCUGAGAGGAAAGACCCGGUACCUUUAGUGAAAUUUGGCCUUCCCUUCUGUUUAAUCAUAAGUCUAGACUUUUCAAGGAGGAGUGCUGCCCAAAUCCUAGUUAAUGCCAAGACUCAGCUCCAAAUAGAAUCCCAGAGGUUGGUUGAAUAUUGCCUUAAAAAUGGGGAAGGGUUUUAGGAACUGUAAUUACUAAAAAGUAAAAAUCCAUUUUAAAAAAAAUAUAUUUUAAAGCUUUAGCUCUAGUGACCUUCUCCCCUGGCUAUUUUCAGUGCCCUAAUUUCAUAGUAACAGUUUCUCUCAUUAGCUUUUUAGUAAAAUAAACAUUCAUAAAUCGACAUUCCACUGUGCAGUUUUGCUUUAAACAGAACACUGAGUUCUGAGGUGUAGUGUGUUAAAAUUCAUGUACACCCUGGAACAGCACUUAAAACAUCUUUUAUUCAUUGUAAAUUUCAGGAUAUUUCCUUCCAAGAUAAAAUUAAUUGUUCUGCACCACUGUCCACAGCAGGAUCCAGAAAUAUGGGAUUAUAGUAAUCUGAAAGCAAUAUUUUUUCUUUUGCCACAUUGAUACGAAUUUGCUGUAUUUAUUGUAUUUUGUAUAUACUAUAUUUGUAGUGUACAGUUUUUAAUAGAGCUUGUUUGUGUGCUCCGUACAUGUCUAUGAAUUUUAUAAGCACAUUGCAGCACUUGCAUUUGAAAUGCUGUUGUAUGUAACCUUUAAACACUCCUUCACAUAUUUGUUAGAAAUUAAACGGUCUCUCCAUUUUAGAACCUGAUCCUGGAGUCCAUUAUGCAGGCAAAAGUCCUGUUGACUUUGCUCAGAGUUUAGCCUGUGUAGUGACUGCAGGAUCAACUGAUAAGAUCCCAGAGUACAGCUUACCUUUGAAUGGUCCAAACCUGUAAUCUUUUAUACCUGGAAUUCAAUGGACCUACUCCUGUCUGGAAAGGUUCUCAUGCGUGUAAAUGUUUGCUGGAUUGGGCCCUCCUGGGGUGCACUGCAUUGGUAAAUGUGACCCUUCUCAGAGUGUGGUGUCUUAUGAAUCAGGUGAUUAACAGUUAAAACAAAGGCAUUUAGUUAAAUCCUUCACAUAACUGAAGCAGCAAAUAUGCUCGCUGUCUCUUAAUUUGAGUAGGGGGCCGCCCAGAAAACAGGGCCGGGGGUAGACUUUUAUAACUACGUCGUCUAUAGGUUAAGCCCCAGGAAUUGGAAUAAAGGCCAUAUUCUAUUCAUAUUCUACUGUUACUCACCAUUUUGAAUAGCUGAUAAAUUUGGGGCUGAACCUGGCAUUGUUUUCAGGAAUUCAGUAUUGCUUCUUUCUGACAUCUCCAAUCCUUUCCUUGGCUCGGACUCGCUCAUCUCAAAGGUGUUUGAAAGUUGUGAUGCUUAGGUCACUUGUCUAAAAUGUGCAUCUUCCCAUUUCAUGUGUCAGCACCUCACAGCAGGUGUAUGAACUGCUUUCCUACUAUCUUAAGCUACUUUCUAAUGUUUAACUAGGCUCCUCGUCUGUGCAAUAACUGCACAGGUUCCUUAAGUUCUACUAGUCAGUGCAAAAUGCUUUUGGAUUUAUACUUGCUAAUACAAAGACCCAAGGCAAACUUCAGCACUUUUGAACAUUAUUGGGACUGGGGACAUUGCUUACUGGAUUUGAAUUCCAUAAAUAAAAUACAGAAAGGUUCAGAGAGACGCAACAAAUAUGAUCCAGGGUAUGGAACGGCUUCCCUACACAGAGGGACAUAAGUGCUGCUCAGCUUAGAAAAGAGGUCACUAAGGGAGGCGGGAUAGAAUAGAGGUCUACAAAAUCAUGAGUGGUGUGGAAAAAGUGAAUAGAGAAGUGUUAUUUACUCUUUCACACAAUACAAAAAUCAGGGGUCACCUGAUGAAAUUAACAGGCAGCAGAUUUAAUACAAAUAAGAGGAAGUACUUCUUCACGCAAAGCACAACUAGCCUGUGAAACUGAUUGCCAUGGAAUGUUGUGAUGGCCAAAAAUAAACUCCGUUAAAAAAAGAACUAGGUAAGUUCAUGGAGAAUAGAUGGACCAAUGGCUAUUAGCCAAGAUAGUCAGGAAUGCAACCACAUGGUUGGGCAACUCUAAAUCUCUGACUGCCAGAAGCCAGGAGGGGAAGACCAGUGGAUCGCUCCCCCUGAAGCUCCGGUACCGGCCACUGUCAAAGACAGGAUACUGGGCUAGAUGGACCAUUGGUCUGACCUAGUAACGCCAUUCUUACAUUAUUUUGAUAGCUUUUUUUUAGUGUUGCACAUGUGUUUCAUGUUAUGUAAAGGAGAAUGGUACUCAUUUUUCUGCAGGCUAGCACCAUGAAAUUCUAAAAUGCAAGCAGCUCCUCUCUCCAUGAAUAAACUCAGGAUUACAUAUUGUAAAUAACGUUAUUUCUUUUCUAACAUUCCAGGCUUCUGGGAUGAGCAGAAUGGAUCCAUAUUUCUGUUGGCUGCAUAUGCCCUAGUAAACAUCAUAGCUGUAACUCACUCCUGGUGCUGCACUAAUUCUGUUCUGUGCAGGUCUAUGCACCUCAGGGCUUAAAGCACGGGCAGGUUAUCACUGUUCCAUUCGUACCAUUGCUAGCACUAGAGGAGCCGCACCUUGCUGAUGUCCUUCAGCUUUUGAGCAAAGUUAGAUGAGACAGUAGCAAAAAUAGCUGAGCCCUACACUACAGCUUCAACAUCUGCUGCCUUCCAGCAGUUCCACCGCUGUUGAGUUAUGGCUACAUAGUUUGCUAGUGUCGAUCAUACCCAAAGGGAUGUUGUGUUAACACUUUUUAAAGCUUUUAAAUGUUUUUGUGUAUUUGUGUGUUUUUUAAUUUUCCGUGGAAACUUUGUUUAUAUGUAAACUUUCCCCUUCAGGGUUGUGAUCCAAACACAACUUUGUGAACGUGACAAGGCAGGCCAGUUCUGUUUUCAUUGUCUCCAGUGACUGAUGUGCAAAAAGUAAACACAGCAUAAAUGGUGAAAAAUAAAUGCAGGUUUAAAAUUCUGUUUGUCGUAGUAAAUAUAGUAGGGUAAUACCUAAGGUUUUAGUAACAUAGGAACAAACUUUUUCUGAUCUUUUUUCCACAUUGUCUCAACUAUUUUACAAAACCGUACUAUGGAUUGGAAAGCGUGUAUUCACAGGAGGAAAUGAGGAUGCAGCCUGUUGUCACGCAGCAUUUAAAAUAACAAUAAAAAUAUGUACCCCAUGGCAA